UUCGUUGUACUCUUAUCCACUCUAUCGCAUAUAUGUAAGGACCAGCGUAGCAACCGCACUUUCCAGCAAUAUUGCACCUUUUUGCCCAUAGCCAUGGCUGAAUCAAUUUUAGGUUUCACCCUUUUCAAAUCACACACUCUUAGUUCAUGUCUACAAACAAAAAAGUUUCAAGUGAACCAUUCUUCAAGAUUGCCAAAGCAGCAUUCAAAGUCUACCCUUUUCAACAGACCGUGGCAGGUCUUAGAGGGCAAGAGCGAAAAAAGAGGAUCUUUGUGCAAAGUGAAUGGCUUGCCAGAUUGGCCACUGAUGGCAAUUAUAGUAGAGCAAAUGGAGGGGCAAAGAGAUUUGAUCACUGAGAAAACAGUUUCCCAUCUUAGUGAUCGGGCAAUAAAGAAUGUUUACUCUUGGUACAUAAUGUUCACCGUUUGGGGGUGCUUAUUCUUUGGUGCCAUGAAGGAUCCAUAUUACGACUCUGAAACAUACAGGGGAGAUGGAGGAGAUGGAACUGGCAACUGGAUUUAUGAAAAGCAAGAUGCUAUGGAAGCAGAAGCCAGAGAAGCUCUGUGGCGGGAGGAGUUGAUUGAGGAGAUAGAACAAAAGGUUGAAGGGUUGAGAGAACUUGAAGAAGCUGGCAAGAAGAACUAGUCAACUGAUUCAUACCUUUGCUUCCACCCAUUGACCAAGCGAUUCUCUGUUAUUGUAUAUACAAAGAGUAAUUUCUUAUGCUUCAAAAUGCAAUGCUGAACCACAGAUAGUACUUCGAAUUAAUAUCUAUGGGGUCGCAAUAUAAAUCAAUGGGUGGAUUUUAAUCCUAUUGUUAUUUGAA